CGCGGUAAUAUCGGUUCGGAUUGUAAACAGGUAUGAACUGUUACAUCCUUCAGUCCUGUGUGCUGGACUUCAAAUCGUUUGACAGCUACAAUCUGUGCAACGAUGUCAGCUGAAAAAAAAGUGUAAAUGGCAUCCAUCAAAGAUCUUGACGUCGGGGAAAAGUUCAGCAGCAAGCUGGAGGAAAUCAGGACUAAACUGUUGUCCCAGGCAAUGGGUGAAAUGCUGAACGAGGCUACAGUGGAGUUCUGCCAGGCGCACAAACAGUACAUGAAGUCUGUUCUGGAUACAUGCUCGAAAAAGUGCCGGGAAGACGAGACCAUGUUUGAGACCAUACAGGCUUAUACAGAAGAGCUGAAACGUCAGAAUUCCAUCAUGAGGGAGAGAAAUGGAGAACGACCGGAAAUCUUGGGAUCGAUCCAGGACAAAGAAAGCCAUAAAGAACUCCUUAUUCAGAAGAUUGAGAAGCUGAAGCAGGAACAGGCCAAGAACAGAGAAUUGAUUCACUCACAAAACAAAGCCAACAAGGACCGGCUAAAGAACUUGAACAAAAUUAAAGAGAUCUUCCAGGAACGGCUAAGCCUCGAGAUCAGAAAAAUCCAAGGUGAGAAGCUGCAAUUCAUCUUCAGAAACAUCAACCACAAGAAUCCACAAAGUGCCUACACUUUUCUUUUAAGGAUUAAUGUGGAUGGCGUGUACCAAAUCGUCUCCUGUGAUCCUCCCCUGGCUCAGAUGGAUCAUCUGGAGCGUCGACUGCAGGAGACCAACAACCUCUCUGCCUUUCUGGCUAAUGUCAGGAAAGAGUUUGUGGCACUACACAAUCCUCCAAAGACUGCCUGACUUCAUACAGAUAUUAAUGAUAAGCUCAGUCCUGUACAUUUUUAACUGUUAAGAAGCUACAAUACAGUUGGGCUUUUACUGGCAAAACUCAUCAGUAGCCAGUAAUGACUGUGUGCUUCUUUUAUUAGUAUUGUACUUUAACAUUCUUAUUGUUAUCCUUGUAUAUAAUUUCUUUUUGAACUAUUGUACAUAAUA